GCCAACUGGUAGGUAUACUGCACCUACCUUACAUUUAAAAAGUGGAGCAGGAAGAAUGAGAUCUGUCUGAAGUUAAUACAGCAGCAAUGAUCAUGUGGACAUUGGUGUUCCUCACAAUAGGAAUAGUGGAUUUGGGUAUUGGCCAACACUACAGCCAGAUCCAGUGGCUGUCCCACCUGCGCAGGCGACAAUGGCACGCUGGUUUGCAGGCUGAGGAUGCAAAUUGCCCCCUGGAGUGUAAUUGCCCCUCAGUCUACCCCACAGCCAUGUACUGUCAUAGCCGCAACCUUCAGCAUGUUCCCUAUGUCCCCUCGCAUAUAAAAUAUGUCUACCUGCAGCAUAACCAGAUCACAGGCAUCCAGGAUGGGGUGUUUGACAACGCUACCGACUUGGUCUGGAUUGUGUUAUUUCACAACAAGCUCAGCUCAGACAAAAUCGGCAAGAACGUCUUCAGCAAGCUCAAGAACUUGGAUCGGCUCCUCUUGGAUCACAAUGACCUAACACACGUGCCUCCUAACUUGCCCACUUCAAUCACAGACCUGCGACUUGGGCACAACAAGAUAUCAAAAGUCCUUGCCAGCUCAUUCAAGGGGAUGACCAACCUCACCACCCUUCAUCUCCAAGCAAAUGCCAUAGAAGACGUUGGAGGUGUGUUCAAGGGGUUCAAGUCUCUGACAAUGCUGGAUAUCAGGAAAAACAAACUAAGGAAAAUCCCUGACAACCUCCCUGUGAGGGUGCAGCAGCUAUACCUGGAAUUUAAUAAUAUAGAAAGCAUUCCAGCAGAUUUUCUCACCAUGUAUCCCAAACUGCAGUUUGUCCGCUUAGCUCAUAACAAGCUGACUAAUAAAGGACUUCCUUCCAAUGUCUUCAAUAUCAGCACGUUGGUCGAGCUUGACCUGUCCUUCAAUAAACUGGAAAAGAUUCCUGUUGUCAGCAUGAACCUGGAGAACCUUUACUUGCAAGGCAAUAAGAUUAAAGAGUUCUCCCUGAGCAGUUUCUGCAGUGCUGUUGACAUGUCAAACUUCUCCAGGCUGAAGAUGCUCCGUCUCGAUGCUAAUGAGAUCAGUGCCAAAGACAUUCCUGCUGAAGCCGCCUACUGUUUGCGACAUGUUGCUUUCAUUGAUGUGUAGAGGUUUCCGAAAUGUCUCUAUCUGUAACACAUGCCAUGCUAUUAUGCUUCAUUGCAUUUUCCUUAUAUUACUCACUCUCCUCUUCAUUAAAACAUGAUUGCAUAAUGUUUGUUUAAGCUGUUAUGAAAGCUGUUAGCAUUAUUGAAAUUAUAAAACUAACCAAAAGGAAAUACCAUAGUUUUACAAUCACAUAUCCGGGUGGCAGACAUGUGGAUGACAAAGAGUGAAGAGAUCUGGUCUAACGAGUUACAUCCGUUCAACUAAUUAAUUGGUUCCAGUUGUCUGGUAAAAUGGUUAGUAAUAAUAGUGGUCAAGUAUAAUAGGAAUAUAAUAUAAUAUAAUAUAAAAUAUAAUAUGAAACUGCCAGCCAUUGGAUUUUUGCCUCCAUCAUGUGGCACCUGGUAGAAAGGAGCAGUAAUUAUCAUCAAUAUGUUUUUGUGAACAUUUUAAAAUUAUAAUCAGUGAUGCACACUGAGUAAAGCAUUUACACUUUGUCUUCUGGUUAUUCAGUCCAUAGGACAAUUUUGAUUUUCUCCCUGUUCACAUUUAACAUGUGAAAUUGUCUGGUUAAGUGUGUCUCUAAUUAAAUAUGUAUUCUACUUCAAAUGAGCCGUGACUGUUAUGUCUCACUGUUAUCUAAUUGUUUACUUCAGUUCACACAGUGACUUUUCAAGACCCUAUUGGGCCACGUGACCCGUCAGAGUUUUUGACAACAAGUUAAUUUGGUUUCCUCUAAUUUGAAGGUAAGAAGCAGAUGAGCUGGGAAAGAGGACUGUCAAAAGGUAUCUCCACUUCUUCUAACUGAUCUUAAGCAGUUCCCACAUAUUUAUUGUUGAAGACAACUUGCCUUUUCAUCUUCAACAGCUGCCUUUAAUCCCUUGCAGAAAGGCACUAAAUUGAAUUAGAGAAAUGCUUUACUUGUUUUGUAAUGGUGCAGUGUCUUGGGAUAAAGAAUGGAUCACUGCCAUGCAACGGUGGUUUGCACUCUGAUAAGCGGUAGCAUGUGAAAUUAAGUGUGUUAUAGAUUAUGCUGUAUUGCAGGUUGCAGUUGUUACUGCAGACAAUGGGUCGAAGAGCUGUGUUUUCCGUCUCUGUUUUCUUCAAAAAUUCAUUGAAAACAAAACAGAGGCCAGCUCACAUGCAUAUGCACAUCCUUCGACAUGAUUUACUGAUUUGGUCCUCUCAAAGCCACAUGCAAAUGUUUCACUUUUUGGGGAAUUGUCCAGUUCUUCUGAAAACCAUUAAAGUAUUUAUUAACACAAAUAAAACAUUUGGCCUGACCAUCAUGGAGUAAAUACAAGUGAAUACAAGCAACUGACAGCAUUAGAGAAACCCACGUGCACAAAGCCUUUCUGUUUUCUCAGUAUUAUAACCAGUUAUUUGUCAUUACCAUGCAGUAAUGAUUGUAAUGCGUGCGUAUGAAUAAAUUGUGUUAUUAUUCCCACUAAAAUCUGUCACCUCCAUAUGUAAUAAAACACAUUUCCUUUGAAGCUGCAGCAGUGAUAUGCAUCUAUUGUAAUAAUUUCCUAACUAUUCUCGUAACCAACAACACAUUAUUGUACAGAAGUCAUAUUGAAACUGUUUGUACAGUUUUGAAAUACUUAAAAAAAACAAUCACAUAAAAAAUCGAAUUCUCUUAACAAAAGAGCAACUAUGUAAAGAC